GUCAGGCAAUCGCCUCUUUGUGUCAGGAAUCGUCGGAGCUAGUCUGACAUAACCUCGUUCGCGUUUGACGUUUGUGGUUUGCGGUAGAAAUGCCGCGGAAGAGUGGGUGAAAAUUUGCUUGAAUUAAUAAUUUCAUUUACCUUGAAAGUGACUUUAGAUUAGUGCAAGAUGGUGUUCUUCUCGAGUGCAAUGUUAUUUGCAAUUGCCGCUGGUGUUUUUAAGCGGAAAAAACGAUGCAAAAGAAAACAUCAAAGCAACAAUAAAAAUGGUGAACCACAAGCAAAAAGAUUUAAACAUUCAGAGUCAUCGUCAAGCAGUUCAGAAGAUGACGAUGACAGCAUGGAUAGCGAAAGUACCUUUGAUUUAUUCUCUUCGGAUUCUGAAUCCAAUUCAGACGCUUCCUCCUUUGCCGAAUAUUCGAAUUCAGAGAAUGAUGAAAACGCGUCCGAUUCAGAUAAUUCACCAUCACAAGAUGAUAUCAGCAUAAAGGAUGAGCCGUUGUACGAUUCAGACUUAGAUUUGCACUCGGACGGGGACGACAGUAAUGUUAAUCACAACCGUUCGAGGGAAUCCUUUCAAUCCGAUGUGCCUGUUACAACGAGUACAAUUAAAACAGAAGUUUUAGAUAGUAUUGUGGAUGCAGUCGAAGUCGAAAGGAAUUCACUCCUCAAUAAUGGGGACAUACGAGUGAAAGAAGAGCCUAUUGACGCUGCAGAUUCAACGCAACCUUCAUCUGCCGUUGAAAUCAAAGAGGAGCCAGAUUCUGAAGAACCUGUUGGUUCCACAUCUGGUCCGCCACCGCAAACGUUUGGAUAAUCGAUACUAAAAAACGAAAACAUAAAGCACUGAUUUAGUUUGUGUUAAUUUAGUAAUAAUACGUGGAAUUUGAAUGUGAAGUAUGGUUGAAUGCCGACUUAUUAUUAUUUUUCCUGAGUAGGAAUAUUGAUCUCUGCUCAAGUGUCAUUACAAGAAACAUAUUUAAGAGAAAAAGAAUGAAAGAGUAAUAAAUUUAAUAAUUAUUUCUAAG